AUGAGAUUGCUAAGGGGCGUAAAGUGUGUCCACCGACAGAGUCUUGAUUGCUGCAGCGAUGGUUUGGGGGCUCGUCCUCGGGCUGCGGCGUACUGGAGGAGCACCAGCAACGUUGUCAUGGCUCUCCGUGCCCGAAACAAUGCACCUGAACUCAAAUACCACCUCACCUAUUGCACAGUUGAUUCGCCUGCCUCGAAUCUGACCACAACUGUAGAUAUUUCAGCUGCAGGAUUAGUUUCAAUCGACGGUCUAAAACUUAUGCCCACAUUUGUGGAAUGUCUGGAAAACCUAGAGGUGCUCUCUGUUGAUGGAAACCCGUUUGAUUUUGAAAGCUCAAGAACAAGCAAGGAUAUGUUCAAAGAAGAGCUCAGUAAAUAUUUGUCGGAACCAGAUACGGGUAAUCGGGAGAGGCAUUCUGCUAAAUUGAGGAAGUCCUCCACAAUCGGUGACAACAGUGAAGACGUUAUGCGUGAAAUGGAAAGCCAAUUUCUCUCGUUCGAAGCGUUAAGCGACAUUUACACUGAUCGUCUAACGAAGUGGGUACGGCUCACGAAAGCCCUGGAGUUCUCGAAAACUGCCAAACCUCACGUCAAUGCCGCACCUGAAGACUCCGGUGAAGGAAGCUAA